UACUGGCUCUUCAAUGUUUCAUUGCAGAUGCCAUCAGGGGAGAAAAAAAGUGAAUUCGAACCUGAAUGGGCGGAUGAGGAAGAGGAGCGGGCUGACCGCAAGCCAACAGCAAGCACAUUUGGCGCUAGAAAGGAUCCUCAUUGGUGGGACAUUUCUACAUUCAGCAGGGAGGAUAAUCCAGGAGGAUUGGUAGCGGAGUCUUCGUUUUCUUGCUUAUUUCCCAAAUAUAGGGAAAAGUAUAUUAAGGAGAGCUGGCCAUUAGUGGAAAAGACUAUGGGAGAGCAUUUCUUGAAGACGAGUCUCAAUAUACUUGAAGGUACCAUGACUGUUAGUACUACUCGCAAAACAUGGGAUCCUUAUAUAUUGAUCAAGGCCCGUGACGUCUUGAAACUCAUGUCACGUAGCGUCCCAUACGAACAUGCUAUUCGUGUUUUGGAGGACGAAGUUUUCUGUGAGAUUAUAAAAAUAUCGUCUAUGUGUCCGAACAAGGAACGAUUUGUUAAAAGACGUGCUCGUUUGGUGGGUAAUAAUGGUGCUACCCUAAAAGCUAUGGAAUUGCUUACACAGUGCUAUGUGUGCAUCCAAGGAGGUACAGUAUGUGCAGUCGGACCGUUGGCAGGCCUCAAACAAGUGAGUGGUAUUGUAACUGAUUGUAUGAAUAAUAUUCAUCCCAUCUACAACAUAAAAACCCUUAUGAUUAAACGUGAAUUAAUGAAAAAUGAAAAGUUGAAAGAUGUGAAUUGGGAACGAUUCCUGCCGAAUUUCAAGAAAAAGAUACAAUCGUCAUCUUCGACAAAUGAAGCCAAAAAGAAGAAAAAACGGGUAUGGAAGAAAAAGGGUGAAUACACUCCGUUCCCUCCGGCGCCUACUCUUAGCAAGGUUUGCAUAAUUCUACUGCAUAAUUCUAUUUCAUCGUAUUUAACCGAAGUUCGUCGUACAAUGCCUUUUUGA